AUGCCCGGCUCCACUGUGAUGCUGAUCUCCGGCUCCAUGGCCGCGCUUCUCGUCAUCUCCCUCUUCACCUUCCUCUGCUCCAACCGGCGCCAGGCGCACCGCGCGCCGCCGUCGCACUCAGAGCGGUGCGUCGUUGACGUCGAGCUCGGCCACGGGUGCGGGGCCACAGGGAUCGACGACGCCGUCCUGGCCGCGUACACGACCACGGUGUACUCCUCCGCGGCGAAGCGACGGGGGGAAGACCAGAUGGCUGUUGCCGAAGCGUCGGCCGACGGUGACCAGCCGCCCGACGACACGCACACGACGUGCGCGGUGUGCCUGGCGGAGUACGCGGACGGCGACGAGCUCCGCCGGCUGCCCGGCUGCAAGCACGCGUUCCACCGGCUGUGUGUCGACGAGUGGCUCCGGCGGCGGCCGAGCUGCCCGCUCUGCCGCACAUCGCCGCCCGCCACGCGCGCACCGCCUGCGGCCACCACCGAUGACUCCUGA